UCAAAUUGACGUAAAAGCGAAACUUAAAAUUUUAGGUUUAGUUUAGAUUUCGUAAAUCGAAAAGCAGAGUUUCGUAAAUUAAUAGUGUUUUUCGGCUGCGCUCACUUGAUUUUAGCGAAUCGUCAUGGCCGACGAUAAUAACAAAUCAGGGACCGAAAGUUUGAUGCCUGUCUUUUUGGAGGAUUUGGAUGAGAAGGAGCAGGUGCGCAAAAUCAGCGCUUACCUCCAAAACCUGUGCGAUCGCUUGAGGCUGGGAAUCCAGCAGCACCAGGACGUCGUCCAAUCGUCGGUCCAGUUGCUCAAGGAGGUUGGUGACGUUAACAACAUGAUGCAGUUGGCAAGAAGUGGCCACCAGGCCCAGGCCACUAAGAUCCGGCGCUUGAUCAUGGGUUUCGAGACGGUCAAUGCUGCGAACGCGCCACAGAUUCCCAGCGUGACGGGAAUCAGCUUGCCCUCGGACCUGACCGAGAUUCAUGGCCUCUUGGUUGAAUUCGAGCACCUCAAUGAGAGCCAAGUUCUGCGCGAAGGCCUACUAAACUUUAAGCGGGCCCGGGAAUCGCUGGAGAAAGUGCUCGGCUUUCUGGAGAAGAUUGGCAACGACUCCCCUCGACCUUCCCCCCAAGCAAGCCAGCUGAUUGGGAGCCCAAGCGCCAGUCGCAGUCUCCGCGAGAAAAUCGAAGCUUUUAACAAGGUCUUAGAGGCGGGCCCCGAAGAGCUGGGCGACACCUGCCGCCACUUCAGCGAGUGCUUCUGCAGCUGCUGCAGCUUGGACGAGUCCCCCGAGUCUGGAGGCUCCGUUGCCUCGAAAACCAAUUCCGGAUACGAGGGUGACAUCGACAGCGAGGUGGAGCAGUCGAAUGGGUCCACUCAAACAGAAAAUUCUAAAGACUUGCAUUUGGAAUAACUCAAAUAAGAUAAAGAUAAUUUUUUAGUGUUUCUA